AUUAGAAGUUCAGAAAUACUGUUUAUAAAUACAAAUCCAGAGUCAGAGAUCCAUUCGAUAGCACUUUCCUCUCUUUCUCUCAUCGUAAAACCGUUCUUCGUUUUUUCUAUUUCUCUCGUCUCUUUCUUCUACCCAGAUCACUGAUCAACCGUGAAUUUUACUCUACUCUUUCAUCAAUUUUACUGUGUUUAAUUCAUAAAACAAAACAAACGAUCGAUUUUUGUUUUUUUUUGGGGAUGAAGAUCAGAAGCAAAAGCAAAGGCUAUCGUCAAGAGAUCAAAUCAACUUGCACCGACUCCAACACUCUGUUCUCAAAAGAUGUGGUUGCAACUUCGGAGCUUUUUUCAUCUGUGAUAUCGUAGCGUGUGAAAGACGGAUAAUUCUACAGAGACAAUGCAUCAUCCCAUUCGGUCAGAAGAAAAUAAAGUCAAACAAA